GCACAACUUCGGCAAAGAGAAAACAGGAGGUGGGUGUUCAAAUAGUAGCUGCACCAAACAAACGUAGUCAGACUCAUGAGGCGCUUGUGGCAAGUAGAAUCAUCACAUUUUUUCUGCAGCACCUGAUGCAGGCUAAAAUGCUGAAAGUGCUUAUUCUUCUGCUUGCUGCAGUAGCACCAUACGGCUCCUGUACAUCAUUGGAGCUUCAGUUCACCCCACAAGAUCUGACUCUGUUGAAAGGGGCAUCUACUAGUAUUCUUCUGUCCCUAAAGAAAUCACCUGAAAAUGCAACUAUUGAAAUCUCUGCAGAUCAUGCAGAUCUGGUAUACAUUUAUCCAUCCACCGUAACUGUUAUUGAAGGGAAUGUAUCUGAGGCAUGGACUGUGAAUGUGACAGCUGUGGACGUUGGUCGAGCACUUGUUGCAGCAAAUACAUCUAGCUCAUUAAUUGAUGUAACUGAAGCCUUCGUGAGGCUCACUAUUCAGCAUUCAGAUUUCCUUUAUCAUGCCAGCAUUGUUGUUGGAUGGGUAUAUUUUGCAGCUUGGUCGAUAUCUUUCUAUCCACAAAUAUACAUUAAUUGGAAGAGGAAGAGUGUUGUGGGUCUCAAUUUUGACUUUCUGUCAUUGAACAUACUUGGUUUUAUUUUAUAUUCACUUUUCAACUGCGGUCUGUAUUGGAUUCCUGAGGUGGAGGAGGAAUACUUCAAACUUUAUCCUAAAGGACUGAAUCCUGUACAAGUAAAUGACAUCGUAUUUGCCCUUCAUGCAUCAUUUGCGACUUUCAUCACCAUAGUUCAGUGCUUCAUCUAUGAACGAGGUGACCAAACAGUUUCCAUCACGGCACGGGUUAUACAUGGCAUAUUUGCACUUUUCUUGUUCAUAAGUGUAAUCCUUGCAGCUACGUUGGUCAUUACUUGGCUUGACUUUCUGUAUUAUUGUUCCUACGUUAAACUGGCUAUUACUCUUAUAAAAUAUGUUCCACAGGCUUACAUGAACUACAAACGCAAGAGCACAGUGGGGUGGAGCAUUGGAAACAUCUUGCUGGAUUUCACUGGAGGAAUGCUGAGCAUGCUGCAAAUGAUUUUUAAUGCCUACAACUACAAUGACUGGAAUUCGAUAUUUGGAGAUCCUACAAAAUUUGGGCUGGGUCUUUUCUCCGUGAUAUUUGAUAUUUUCUUCAUUAUACAGCACUAUGUGCUUUACCGUGAUCGAAAGCAGACAUCAGAAAGUAUUAAAGAGCCUAUAUAACAUGACACCAGUUUUAUGUUCCCUGUGGUUUUAAUUCUAUUAUCACAUUAUUUCUUCUGCUGCUUAGUGUUACAUAUUCAUGACCGACUGAAACAGUCAUGGUAUGGCAGAGUAUACGGUAUAAGAAGAGAGAUAAUCUUGCCUUAUCGAACAGCAUAUUUGUAUUUAUUGAAUUUUAUGGUAAUGUGCAAGGUGGAGGAAAUGCAUUUUUGAAAAUGUACAAAUGUCACCUAUUAAGUACCUUCUACUGUGUGUAAAGAAAAACAAAAAGUAUUAUGACUAGUGAUGUAAAGUUACCUUGAGGACCAACUUUAUAGCCAUAUAUUAUAAAAACCUAAUUCUUGAGUUUGAUACUUGUUUCUCUGAUUCAAAUUUUAGUCAGUAUUGUUGGUGGCAGGUUGAAUCUGCUGAAGGAUAUUUUUCAGUAUGUGCCAUGGCCACCAUGUUUUGCAGUGCCGUGGCAUGCAAAUGAAAUUGGCAGAAACUGAUGAAUCCUGUUCAAGUUGUCAUGUUUUAUCUUAUUGUGAGAUAUUUAACAAAAUAUACAUGAAUCAUGAA